GGCCAGUGAACGAUGGAGACCCCGAGGCGCUUCGCCCGGGGGUGGUGCGCCCAAAGGCUUCCUCUGGCGCAGACCAUUGUUUGGGAGUUGUGGCUUUGUGAGUUCUGGCUACUACUGCUGGGUUCCGGUUUAAACGCGCGUUCUUUGCCACACGAAGAGGACGUAACGUUUAUCAAUGAGUACGUGAACCUCCACAAUGAGCUCCGGGGCAGCGUCAUCCCCCGAGGGGCUAACUUGCGCUUCAUGACUUGGGAUGUAGCUUUGUCACGGACUGCUAGAGCAUGGGGGAAAAAAUGUGUGUUUGAACGUAAUAUUCAUUUAGAAAAACGAAAAAUGGCCCAUCCUAGAUUUAAUCGUAUUGGUGAAAAUAUGUGGGUCGGCCCUGAAAAUGAAUUUACUGCAAGUAUCGCUAUCAGAAGUUGGUUCGCACAGAGGAAAAAGUACAAUUUUGAAAAGAACAGUUGCUCUGAUAACUGUUCUAAUUAUCUACAGCUUGUUUGGGACAAGUCUUACAAAGUUGGUUGUGCUGUUACUCCAUGUUCAAGAAUUGGACAUAUUAAACAUGCAGCACUUUUCAUAUGCAACUAUGCACCAGGAGGAUCUCUGUCAAGAAGUCCUUAUCAACGAGGAUUAAUGUGUUCCCGAUGUAGCAUCUAUGACAGAUGCACAGAUUUUCUAUGCAGUAAUGCAGGUCGUGACCAAGCCAUAUAUUACCGAUUUUGGUAUCCAAGAUGGGAAGUACCCCGGCCAAUUGUGUGUGAUCCACUGUGCAUGCUUAUUUUAUUUCUCAGAAUGCUGUGUUUUUCACUAAGUGCCGCAACUGUUUUGAUAAUACAGUCUUAUUUUCCAAAUAUAUUAUUGGAAGAAGAGAUAGUUUUUAUCCCUGAGGUAACUGGGCCAGCAAAGGAGGAGGAAAACAUAGAGAAAGAG